AUGGCACACUUUCUCUUACCUCGGGGCACCAGUAGCUUCCGCAGGUUCACACGCGAGUCCCUGGCAGCCAUUGAGAAGCGCAUGGUGGAGAAACAAGCCAGGAGCUCGGCCACUUCACAGGAGAGCCGCGAGGGGCUACCUGACGAAGAAGUUCCCCGGCCCCAGCUGGAUUUGCAGGCUUCCAAGAAACUUCCAGAUCUCUACGGCAACCCACCCCGUGAGCUCAUCGGGGAGCCUCUGGAGGACCUGGACCCUUUCUAUAGCACCCAAAAGACCUUCAUCGUGUUGAAUAAAGGCAAGACCAUCUUCCGGUUUAGUGCAACCAAUGCGCUUUACGUCCUCAGCCCCUUCCACCCCAUCCGCCGUGCAGCCGUGAAGAUUCUAGUGCAUUCGCUUUUCAGCUUGCUCAUCAUGUGUACCAUCCUCACCAACUGCGUGUUCAUGGCGCAGCACGACCCUCCGCCCUGGACCAAGUAUGUCGAGUAUACCUUCACCGCCAUCUACACCUUCGAAUCUCUUGUGAAGAUCUUGGCACGGGGCUUCUGUCUGCACGCAUUCACUUUCCUGCGAGACCCUUGGAACUGGCUGGACUUCAGCGUCAUCGUGAUGGCAUACACAACUGAAUUUGUGGACCUGGGUAAUGUCUCAGCCUUACGCACCUUCCGAGUUCUUCGGGCCCUGAAAACUAUAUCGGUCAUUUCAGGCCUGAAGACCAUCGUGGGGGCGCUGAUCCAGUCGGUGAAGAAGCUGGCGGACGUGAUGGUGCUCACGGUGUUCUGCCUGAGCGUGUUCGCCCUCAUCGGCCUGCAGCUCUUCAUGGGGAACCUGAGGCACAAGUGCGUGCGCAACUUCACGCUGCUCAACGACACCAACGGCUCCGUGGAGGCCCAGGGCCAGGUGUGGCCGUCACUGGACCUCUACCUCAACAGCCCAGACAACUACCUGCUCAAGAAUGGCACCUCGGAUGUACUGUUGUGUGGGAACAGCUCCGAUGCCGGGACAAGUCCUGAGGGCUACCGGUGCCUGAAGGCCGGCGAGAACCCCGAUCACGGCUACACCAGCUUCGACUCCUUCGCCUGGGCCUUCCUCGCCCUCUUCCGCCUCAUGACGCAAGAUUGCUGGGAGCGUCUCUACCAGCAGACGCUGAGAUCGGCGGGGAAGAUCUACAUGAUCUUCUUCAUGCUCGUCAUCUUCCUGGGCUCCUUCUACCUGGUGAAUCUCAUCUUGGCUGUGGUGGCCAUGGCCAACGAAGAGCAAAACCAGGCCACCAUCGCCGAGACGGAGGAGAAGGAGAAGCGCUUCCAGGAGGCCAUGGAGCUGCUGAAGAAGGAGCAGGAGGCCCUCACCAUCCACGGCAUGGACUCUGCGUCCCGCAGUUCUGUGGAGGUGUCUGCCGUGGCCCCAGCGAGCCACCGUGAGAGAAGAAGCAGGCGGAGGAAACGGUUGUCUUCAGGGACAGAAGAAUGUGGGGAUGACAGGUUCCCCAAAUCCGAGUCUGAAGAUGGUCCCCGAGCCACAAAUCACUUGGGCCUCUCCCAAGGCCUCAGCCGGAUGUCGGUGAAGCCACGCUCCAGCCGGGGUAGCAUCUUCACCUUCCGGAGUCGAGACCUGGGCUCCGAGACAGACUUCGCUGACGAUGAGAACAGCACGGCGGGCGACAGCGAAAGCCACCGCACGUCCCUGCUGGUCCCCUGGCCCCUCCGCCGGCCCGGUGGUACCAGCCGCCACAGCCCGGGGCUGGCGGUGCCUCAGCUCCGGGCCACCGCGCUCAACGGCAAACGGAACAGCACCGUGGACUGCAAUGGCGUGGUCUCCUUGCUGGGGACGGGGGAUGGGGAAGCCACCUCCCCAGGGAGCCGCCUCCUGCGUCCCGCCGUCCUGGAGAGACCCCCCGGACACGGUGCCUUGGACACCCCCACUCCCCAGCCCUUCUCCUCUGGAAAAGAGCAUAAAGGUGAGAAAGAAUCCCAGCCUGUGUCCCAUAGCCCAGAGGCCUCUGCAGAGCCCAGGGCUUGGAGCCAGGCGUCCGAAACCACCACCUCCUCCUCCUCCGAGAUGGAGGACAAUGCGACCCAGGCAGACUGGCCACGGCGGUGGAAGACGGAGCCCCGGGUCCCAGGGCGCGGCGAGAACCCUGAGGACAGCUACUCAGAAGGGAGCACUGCAGACAUGACCAACACGGCAGAUCUCCUGGAACAGAUACCGGACCUUGGCGAGGAUGUCAAGGACCCCGAAGCCUGUUUCACCGAAGGCUGCAUCCGGCGCUGCCCCUGCUGCACGGUGGACAUCACCCAGUCCCCAGGGAAGGUCUGGUGGCGACUUCGGAAGACGUGCUACCGCAUCGUGGAGCACAGCUGGUUUGAGACGUUCAUCAUCUUCAUGAUCCUGCUCAGCAGUGGAGCGCUGGCCUUUGAGGACAUCUAUCUGGAGGAUCGGAAGACGAUCAAGGUCCUGCUGGAAUACGCCGACAAAAUGUUCACCUAUGUCUUCGUGUUGGAAAUGCUGCUCAAGUGGGUGGCCUACGGCUUCAAGAAGUAUUUCACCAACGCGUGGUGCUGGCUGGACUUUCUCAUCGUGGACGUCUCCUUGGUUAGCCUGGUAGCCAACACCCUGGGCUUUGCCGAGAUGGGUCCUAUCAAGUCGCUGAGGACGCUGCGUGCACUUCGACCCCUCAGGGCCUUGUCACGAUUUGAAGGGAUGAGGGUGGUGGUCAACGCGCUGGUGGGCGCCAUCCCCUCCAUCAUGAACGUUCUCCUGGUGUGCCUCAUCUUCUGGCUCAUCUUCAGUAUCAUGGGCGUGAACCUGUUCGCUGGCAAGUUCGGGCGGUGCAUCAACCAGACGGAGGGCGAUCUGCCUCUGAACUACACGCUGGUGAACAACAAGAGCGAGUGCGAGUCCUUCAACGUGACGGGCGAGCUGUACUGGACCAAGGUCAAAGUCAACUUCGACAACGUGGGGGCCGGGUACCUGGCCCUGCUACAGGUGGCAACCUUUAAAGGCUGGAUGGACAUCAUGUACGCAGCGGUGGACUCCAGAGGGUACGAAGAGCAGCCGCAGUGGGAAUACAACCUCUACAUGUACAUCUACUUCGUCGUCUUCAUCAUCUUCGGCUCCUUCUUCACCCUGAACCUCUUCAUCGGUGUCAUCAUCGACAACUUCAACCAGCAGAAGAAAAAGUUAGGAGGCCAAGACAUCUUCAUGACAGAGGAACAGAAGAAAUAUUACAAUGCCAUGAAAAAGCUGGGCUCCAAGAAACCCCAAAAGCCCAUUCCUCGGCCACUGAACAAGUACCAGGGCUUCAUCUUCGACAUCGUGACCAAGCAGGCCUUUGACGUCACCAUCAUGUUCCUCAUCUGCCUGAACAUGGUGACCAUGAUGGUGGAGACGGACGACCAGAGCCCCGAGAAGGUCAACAUCCUCGCCAAGAUCAACCUGCUCUUCGUGGCCAUCUACGGCGAGUGCUUCUUCAAGAUGGCCGCCCUGAGACACUACUACUUUACCAACAGCUGGAACAUCUUCGACUUCGUGGUGGUCAUCCUCUCCAUCGUGGGCACCGUGCUUUCUGACAUCAUCCAGAAGUAUUUCUUCUCGCCCACGCUGUUCCGCGUGAUCCGCCUGGCGCGCAUCGGCCGCAUCCUCCGGCUGAUCCGAGGCGCCAAGGGCAUCCGCACCUUGCUCUUCGCCCUGAUGAUGUCCCUCCCGGCCUCCUUCAACAUCGGCCUGCUGCUCUUCCUCGUCAUGUUCAUCUACUCCAUCUUCGGCAUGGCCAACUUCGCCUACGUCAAGUGGGAAGCCGGCAUCGACGACAUGUUCAACUUCCAGACGUUCGCCAACAGCAUGCUGUGCCUGUUCCAGAUCACCACGUGCGGCUGGGACGGCCUCCUGAGCCCCAUCCUCAACACGGGGCCUCCCUACUGCGACCCGGAUCUGCCCAGUAGCAAUGGCUCCCGGGGAAACUGCGGGAGCCCCGCCGUGGGCAUCCUCUUCUUCACCACCUACAUCAUCAUCAGCUUCCUCAUCGUGGUCAACAUGUACAUCGCCAUCAUCCUGGAGAACUUCAGCGUGGCCACCGAGGAGAGCACGGAGCCCCUGAGCGAGGACGACUUCGACAUGUUUUAUGAGAUCUGGGAGAAGUUCGACCCGGAGGCCACGCAGUUCAUCGAGUACGCGGCCCUGUCCGACUUUGCCGACGCCUUGUCCGAGCCCCUGCGCAUCGCCAAGCCCAACCAGAUCAGCCUGAUCCACAUGGACCUGCCCAUGGUGAGUGGAGACCGCAUCCACUGCAUGGACAUCCUCUUCGCCUUCACCAAGAGGGUGCUGGGGGAAUCUGGGGAGAUGGACGCCCUGAAGAUUCAGAUGGAGGAGAAGUUCAUGGCGGCCAACCCAUCCAAGAUCUCCUACGAACCCAUCACCACCACCUUGCGGCGCAAACACGAGGAGGUGUCAGCCACCAUCAUCCAGCGGGCUUUCCGGAGACACCUGUUGCAGCGCUCCGUGAAGCAUGCCUCCUUCCUCUUCCGACAGCAGACAGGCAGCAGCAGUGGCGGGGGCCUCUCCGAAGAGGACGCCCCAGAACGAGAAGGCCUCAUCGCCUACAGGAUGAACCAGAACUUCUCCCGGCCCGGUGGGGGUCCUCCCUCCAGCUCCUCCAUCUCCUCCACCUCCUUCCCUCCGUCCUAUGACAGCGUCACCAGGGCCACCAGCGACAACCUCCAAGUGAGGGUGUCGGACUACAGCCGGAGCGAAGACCUGGCGGAUUUCCCUCCGUCCCCGGAUAGGGACCGCGAAUCCAUCGUGUGA